UGAUGAAAAGAAUUUUUUUUCCACGGAAAUUUUCCUGGCAAAAAUUAAGCCAAACCACACACAGACAGACACAGACGCAGACAAUUAUACCGUUUAUUUGAAAAUCCCAAUUUGCCAAUCAUGUGACCAAUUUUAUUCACAAUGAUUAAUUACCGAUUUUCUUUUCUUUUCUUGAUUCCAUUAGAUCGUUUUUUUCCUGUUGGCUCGAUGGUAAUAAAAUGGAAAACAUAAAAAACGAAUUACAUCAAUAGAUCAACGAUCAAUAAUCAUGAUAAUGGACAAUGCAUGGCCGAUGAAAAAAAUACCGAAUCAUAUAGUGUAAUUACCCGAUCAUUAUCCGCGCGCGCACACACACACACACACACAGAAGCAGAUCAAAUGAACAACAAUUGAUCCGGACAACACUUAAUGAAAACGACAAACAAGAAUCCAGAAUAAAUGAUUAAAACCACAUAAUAAUAUUGAACGUGUCAAAAUUGCAAUGUGUCAAAUAAUAAAUGAGGUGAAGCCAACUUUUAUGUUACUACUAAUGUUGUAUAAUUGUCAACAAUGUAAGUCAACAUUGUUCAAUGGACAACAACAAAUGUAUCGAAAAUUUUCUACUGUAAAAUUAUCAUCAUUGUUGAAUGUCAUCAAACAAAAAUUAUUGUGGCCAACAACUACAACAGUAGCGAUUAUUGUCGUUUGGCCUACUUGAACUUUGUGGAACAGUGAAUUUUUUUUCCCACUAUUUUUGUUGAUUUUUUUCAAAAAAAAUAAAAUAAAAUAAUCAGCCCGAAUGGCUCUUUUGUAUCGUUUUACUAAACUAAACGAUCGUUUCAAUACAGGAAUAUUUACAUUUAUUGUUACACGUUCAGUAACACGUGAUCUACAUCGUGAUGCAACCACCAAAGAUUUCUAUUAUGGCUAUCAUCGUUGGGCUAUAUCGUUUACACGUGCAAAUGAUCGUGCAUUGGGUGUAUUUCUAUUGCUACGUAAUCCAUCACCAUCGACAAAAUGUUAUGCUGAUUUUACAUUAACAUUAUUGAAUCGUGAACAUUUUAGUCGUAAUGAACAACAUCAAGAAAAACAAUGUAAAUUCACUACAGAACAUACUACACAGGGCGUCAAUAAAUGGAUACCAAUGAAUGAAAUUCAAUCACGCAAAUUUGGUGAUGAAACUGGUGAAUUUCUGUUGGAACUUAGCCUAGGUAAUAUAAUGACCAUUUUUGAAACCGAUCUACAAGUGUCAAGUAAUAAUAAUAAUAAUAAUAAUGGUCAGCUCAAAAGUGGUAAAUUUGAAAGUGCCUCAUUCAGUUUUGGUUCAUUUGAAUGGAAUGUUUCUAUUGUGAUCCAUAAUUAUGGUGCCACAAAUGCCGUGACAAUAGCCAAUGAUAAUACAGCCAAUGAAACAUCAUCAUCAUCAUCAUUAUCGACAAAUCGUAUAAUUUAUGUAUUUUUAAAUCGUUUAAGUGGAUUUGAUCAUCCAUGUCGUGUACAAUAUCGUGUUAUAAUUGGUGAUGAUGAUCAAAAAAAUCAUGAAGAUUCCAAUGUAUUGGAUCAAAUAUCCGAUGCUGGUGGCCGUAUACGUGGAUUUCAAAUGCAACAUUCACUUUGUGAUCUAAUCAAAUCAAAUGGUACCGUACGUGUUUAUGUUGAAUUACAUUGUUGUAAUGCAAUUAGCGAAGCUAAAGUGCCUAUUGUACGUAAUCCUUCACCAAAUAUCAAUUGUUAUGAUCGUAAUAAACAGGGUUGGUGUAUUGAAGCCGACCUGGAUAGUGAAUUUUUACGCCUUAAACUUUUUUUUAUGGAUCUUCAUUCUGUACCACGUAAUCAUUUACGUUAUAUAUCAUGGAUUGCAUACGUGAUUGCAAAAGAUCCACGCCAUGGUGUACGUGAAAGUUUGGCCGUAUCGAAUGCACCACAUUCAAAUUAUUAUGUACAGGAUGGUAUCGAUAUGGGCGCAAUGAUGGAUACAACAUUGCCAGUGGCAAAAAUUAAAGAAUCACCAAAAAUUUAUUUAGAAAAUGAAAAAUUAACCGUACACGUUGAAUGGUGUGAUUCAAUCAUGUUGUUCAAUCAUAUUUAUCAUAAAUAUGAUGACAUUACACGUAUACAUGGCCAUCAAAUGAGACGUGAAAUACUUGCCUUGAGCAAUGAAAAUUAUAGCCUUGAAAAACAAUUAAUUUCGUAUCAAAAAACCAUUGGACAUACAACAACAUCUCGUUCAAUUUCAAAAGAUAAUUCAAGUGAAAAUGGUUCAAUUAAAAGCAAUCAACAACAGCAGCAACAACAACAACAACAACAAUUACAUCAUCAUCAACAUCAUUCACAGCAACAACAACAACAACAACAUAGACAUCAUAUUGGUGGACGACGUUCAUCAUCGGAAAUACAAUUAAAUGUUGAAAAUUUAUCCAAAAUUAUUAAUCCAUUAUCGAUGAUUGUUAAACAACAAAAUAAUCCACAAGCAACACAACAAUCACCAAUUUUUCAUCAUCAUCAUCAUAAAUUGCCUACAAUACCAAAUCAACAACAACAACAACAAUCAACAUUACAAUAUCAACAUGGAUUUAAAAAUACAUCAAUGAUAUCAAAUUCACCAAAAUUUAAUUCAUUACGUAAAGCAUCGCUUACACAUUAUGGAUCAUUACCAAAUAAUUCUACAUCAUCAUCGAUGAAAUUUUUUUAUAGUGAAGAUCAAGAAGAUUAUGGUCCAAAUGUUUUAAACACGAGUUUAACGCCACCACCACAAUCACCACGUAUUGUACCACAGCGAUCAUUACAUCGAUCAAGAGAACGGAAUUAUCCACCACAACCAAUAUUAUCAUCAUCAACAAUGCCGAUGUUUGAAGCAAAUUUUUGA